UGCUCUCAAUCCAUCAUGGCGUCUCCCAGUGGGAAGGGAGCCCAGGCUCCGGAGGCUCCUGGCUGCGGGUCCCAGCCGCUCUCCCAGGACCUAGUGGACUCCGUGGACGACGCGGAGGGACUGUACGUGGCCGUCGAGCGAUGUCCGCUGUGCAACACCACGCGCAGGCGGCUGACCUGCGCCAAGUGUGUCCAGAACGGCGAUUUCGUCUACUUUGACGGCCGCGACCGUGAGAGGUUUGUUGACAAGAAGGAAAGGUUAAGCCGACUUAAAAGCAAGCAAGAAGAAUUUCAAAAAGAAGUAUUAAAAGCUGUGGAAGGAAAGUGGAUGACAGAUCAGUUGAGAUGGAAAAUCAUGUCCUGCAAGAUGAGGAUUGAACAAUUGAAACAAACAAUAUGUAAAGGAAAUGAAGAAAUGAAGAAAAAUUCUGAAGGCCUUCUCAAAACCAAGGAAAAGAACCAGAAGCUUUACAGUCGAGCUCAACGGCAUCAAGAUAAAAAAGAGAAGAUUCAGAGGCACAAUCACAAACUUGGUGACCUGGUAGAGAAAAAAACCAUUGACUUAAGGAGUCAUUAUGAGCGUCUGGCAAAUCUUCGGCGAUCUCACAUAUUAGAGCUCACCUCUGUCAUUUUUCCAAUUGAGGAAGUAAAGACUGGUGUGAGAGAUCCUGCGGAUGUGUCUUCAGAGAGUGACAGUGCCAUGACCUCCAGCACUGUGAGUAAGCUGGCUGAAGCUCGCAGGACAACCUACCUCUCCGGGAGAUGGGUCUGUGACGAUCACAACGGAGAUACCAGCAUUAGCAUUACGGGGCCUUGGAUUAGCCUCCCUAACAAUGGGGACUACUCUGCCUAUUAUAAUUGGGUGGAAGAGAAGAAAACAACACAGGGGCCUGACAUGGAGCAUAAUAACCCCGCGCACACCAUCAGUGCUGCUUUGUGCUAUGCGACUCAGCUGGUCAACAUUUUGUCUCAUAUCCUUGAUGUGAAUCUUCCCAAGAAACUGUGCAACAGUGAAUUUUGUGGGGAGAAUCUCAGCAGACAGAAAUUCACUCGAGCAGUGAAGAAACUGAAUGCAAAUAUCCUUUACCUUUGCUUCUCUCAGCAUGUAAAUUUAGAUCAGUUACAGCCACUGCACACCCUCAGGAACCUCAUGUACCUGGUCAGUCCGAACUCUGAACACCUGGGCAGGUCAGGGCCCUUUGAAGUACGAGCUGACCUUGAGGAGUCCAUGGAAUUUGUGGAUCCUGGAGUUGCUGGAGAAUCAGAUGAGAGUGGAGACGAGCACAUAAGUGAUGAAGAGACCGACCUGGGCACGGACUGGGAGAACCUGCCGAGCCCCCGGUUUUGUGACAUCCCUUCCCAGCCUGUGGAAGUCUCCCAGAGCCAGAGCACCCAGGCGUCCCCGCCGAUUGCGAGCAGUAGUGCGGGCGGGAUGAUCUCUUCAGCAGCAGCCUCGGUGACCUCCUGGUUUAAAGCUUACACUGGACACCGCUAAUGAGCAUGGGCAAUAGAUGCCAAACCUGCAGCAAGAAAGUUCUUCUCCCACUACAUACACUCUAGUAAACCUUUCUGUGUUUAGUUAACAGUGUGCCUGGGAAAAGAAUGAUUAAACUGUUUUUUUAGCAGGAAGACAAGCAUUUCUGUCUGCCAGGUG